GGCGCUCUUCUGGAUACCGACAUGGCGGGAAUGAGUACCGAUCAGCUGCACCGCUCCACCUUGGGGAUUUACUCGAGCUUGAUAGAUGAGUUCAACCCAAGUCUACUCAAACUGGUUUCGCUGGGAAACAGCUACGUCCAAGCUUUCAAAGCUCUCGCCGUGACCAGCGAGGCCUACUUCACUGCCCUCUCAAAGAUCGGGGAGAAGGCUUUCCACUCGGCGUCCUCGCGCUCCAUAGGAGAUGUCCUGCUUCAGAUCUCCGACAGCCAGCGGAGGCUCACCUUGGAGCUGGAGGGAACGUUCCACUGGUUCAGUCGGGAGAUCCUCCAGCAGAUGGACAACAACAUUCAGCUGGACAGAGAUUUCUUAUCGGGCAGCAGGGAGCAGUACAAGAUGGAGGUCCACAACCAGGCAGCAGCUCUGGACCGGCAGCUGAGGAGAGGAACCAGCCAGGUGUCUCCUCAGGACUCUAGUGAGUAUGUGCACUUCCUGAGGGAGAGCCACGGCCAGGCUCUGGUGGAGGAGGAGAGGCGGUACCGCUUCCUGGCUGAGAAACACUGCGGCCUGCUCCAGUCCAUCGCCCAGCUCAUGAAUAAGUCGGGAAGCACUCUCGAGCAGAGGGCCGACGCCUGGAUGGAGCACGUUGGCGCCACCAGACGACCCGAACCCAGGCGACCCAAUACUCCAGACGACACUCUGGGAAUGAAGACGGGGGAGGAGGUCAGAAGGAGCAAAGAGGAGCCAGAACUUGGCAUGAUACCAUCAAGAGCCCCGUCGCCACAGGGAAGCCUUUCUCGCUUCGCCAUGGACCCAGUGGGCGCCGGCUACUUAGGCAGAACCAUGAGGGCUCUGGUGGCCCACGAGCCAGCCAGCUCCCAGCCCACCUUGCUGGCCUUCAGCAGGGGCCAGAUGGUGACGGUGCUGAUCCAGCAGCCCAGGAACGGCUGGCUGUUUGGACGCAGCGACAGCAGCUCGCGGCAGGGAUGGUUUCCAGCCUCCUACAUGGAAGCAGCCGACGAGCCUCCGAUGUCCCCCAGCCCCCGCACCUCCACUCUUCGAAGCAGCAGCAGCUCCAGCAGCCUGCAGGACCAGGCCGGGGGCGGCGGCCAGAACGCAGCCCCGCCUCCUCCACCUCCGCCGCCGCCGCCACAGUUUUCGUCUUCGAGUCGACACUCUGAGACGCGACCGACGCCAGCGGCUUCUGAAAAGAGGGCUGAGUCUAGAUCAGAGCACAAGCAGAGGUUACCGUCACCACCUGGACGCCCGGAGCUCUUCCCCAGGGGCACCAAUCCAUUCGCUACAGUGAAGCUGAAGCCCACCGUCACCAACGACAAAUCGGCCCCACGUCUGUAUCGCAGAUGACAUCUCCAGCACCAAACCCUUCCCUUCAUUCAGCCG